AUGGGUAAGCGCGGAGCACCAAAGUCUGAGCCGAAGGCAAAGGCGAAGGCUAAGUCAGCUCCUCGUGCCUCUUCCUCUUCUCCAAAACCACAGUGUAUGACGGAGGACGAGUUGGGUGAGUACCGCCUCCUGCACAGCAAACUCACGUACAGGUCCAAAAGUGGAGUUGCUGGAGCAGAUGAGGCCUUGCAGCAGCUCAAGCUGAACCGGCAAAUGGUUUUGGACAAAUUUCGCGGAGAUAAGAGCAUGUCUUGGGUGCCGAGUAUGGUUCAUUCCUUGGACUAUACUUCUGUCAAUGCUGUGGCCAAGAAGUCUGAGUGGCUGAACUCCUUCCAGAUCAUGCAGAAGCUUGGCCUAUCGCCUGCUCAGAUCAAGGCGGAUGCCGAUGCCAAUGCGCUUUUCGAAGCUACUUUGGAUACCUUGCCGCAGAAGGAUCACUAUGUCCAAGCUCUGCAGGAGAAAGGCAUGAAGCUUUACGAAUGGUCCGAAGAAUGUGCAGAGGAAAAGGUUGGGUCGAGUGAGAAGAUGUCUAUCAAUGCAACAGGUUCUGCUUCCAGUGCCCCGAAGAACAAGGCACUUCCUGGAGCAGCAGAUGCCAAGGGUGGUCCCGGACUCGUGGUGAACUAUGACCAGGUUUGCAACAGUUCUCGUGGACUCAUGAAAAGGCAGAUUAAGGAAUUGGAGAAGUUGUCUUCGAAGCUGCGGAAGUUGCGGGCAGAUGUUCCGCAAAAGGACAAUGAGCACUUGAUGGAUGACAUGAAGAAGUGUGAGACGAAGCUGAAUGCGUCGCUGGAGGAUCUUACUUCGUGCCUUUGUGAGCACCCCAAUGGUGGAAGUGAGGAUAUCCACAACAAGUUCAAGGCUGUCUUGGACGAGAGCAUCGUCGUCAAGUCUGCUGCUGAGAAAGCGGAGAUUCUGGCCAAGGAUGCCAUCAACAGUUACAACAUGAAAAUUGACGAAGAACUUACAGCAGAGCUUGAGAAGGCUGAGGCGGCUGAGGCUGAGGCUAAGGCGGCUAAGGCCAAGCCUGGCAAUUCUAACUCGAAUGAGUCCGGCAGUGGUGAUGACGAGAAGAAGGAUGAGAAGAACCCAGACAAUGCCAAUGGGUCUGCCGCCUAG